AUGGGCUUUGCAUUGGACGCUCCAAGAGAGAGAAAGAGAGAAAGGAAAAAAAGCAUGGAAGGAGGAUCUGGCGAGAAAUGGAAGAGUGUAUACAGAGAGUGCUUGAGAAACCAUGCAGCGAGCCUCGGAAGCUACGCCACCGACGGCUGCGGGGAGUUCACGGUGGACGGCGGGGGGCUACAAUGCGCGGCGUGCGGGUGCCACCGCAACUUCCACCAGAAAGUGAAGUACCCGGCUGGAGCGGAAAGGGCGGGAGAGAUGGAAUACGGUGGGGAAGGGGGGAAGAAGCGGUUCAGGUCCAAGUUCAGCGCAGAUCAGAAGGAGAAGAUGCUGGCGUUUGCAGAGAAGCUUGGUUGGAAGCUUCAGAGGAAGGAUCUGGAUGAUGAGAUUGAGAGGUUCUGCAGAAGCAUUGGAGUCACUAGGCAGGUCUUCAAAGUUUGGAUGCAUAACCACAAGAACUCUUCUUCCUCUGCUUCUGCUUCUGCUUCCACGGGAAACAUCUCCUCCCUCACCCAGUAA